AUGAGAUCAAUCAAAAACCAACAAGACCUUGGUUGCUUCGCAAGGACGAUUUUCGCUCCGCUUCCGCCCAAAAUCUACAUCAUGCCUCUUAUGAGAAGCGCCUUAGAGGACAUAAGCAAGGUCUGGCCGCUGUUUGACGAUGACUGGAUCUUUCACAUGAUUGAAGAGCAGUAUUCGACGGCUUUGAACGACUGUCAUAGCAAUUCAGCAAGAUGGGCGACAAUCAACGCAAUUCUCGCUAUUGCUGUGCAGUGGAAAGCUGCCAAUAAUGCGGUAAAAGAUGUGUUUCCUAUAUCAUGGAGUCACUUCAAAAACGCAUUUUCUAUCUUCCCUGAGUUGGUUACUCAGGUUCCAGACUUCGAAGCUUGCCGAGCUGUAUUGAUCAUGGCCAUUUUCAUGCAUGGGACCGCAGAUGCACGAACCGCCCACACCUUACUGACAGCGGCUAUUCAACUGGCUCAGGUCAUUGGCUUAUAUCGAAGAGAUCUAUACCUCACCACAAGUCCUACGGAGAAUGAUCGGCACAUGCGAGUUCUCUGGACAAUCAACAUCCUUGGCAGUAAUGCAGCGAUGAAGUAUGGAUUACGAACGCCGUUUGACGAUGGCGAUGAUGAAAUGUGUCUAUCGAGCGCUAAUGCUGAAGCUAGCACCGGCGGCUUGGCCUUACCUCUUGCAGGUGUUAACAUUCUUAGGCUGAUGGCACAUUUAGCUGCAAUCCAAUCCAAGGUUCAUGAACGCCUUUAUUCCAACGUGGCGUUGCGGCAAGAACCGAUUGAUCGCGUACGGAUCGUCUCGCAGAUGGAUCACCAGCUUGAAAUUUGGAGAGUGGGGCUGCCUGCAACAAUUCGACCUGCGGGUAGCAAUCCCUUGACCAGUAUUGACCUUGAACCGGGAGUUGUGAACUUGCAUUUCGCCUACUACACUACUGCGUGGAAAAUUCACAUGGCUUUGCAGUGCCCGAAAGCUUUCCAUGAACUUAUACCUCCGUCAAUGGAUGCUUCUUCUGUGAGAGGGGCUGACUGGAAUAUCCCUUUGAGGUCACCUACUCCGGUGGUUGGAGCCCGUGUGACACUAUUAGUCCUACAAAACAUGCCGUCGCAACCACUCGUAUACCAUUGGCAAAUGCUUGGAUAUUCUGUUGUCGCAAUCUUGACACUGGUUGCAGCAGUGCUUGAUGACCCAUCAUGCCCCGAAGCACUCGUAAACGUCAGAUCUGUUGGUGAGUUCAUCAACAAUCUGAGACGGCUACAACUGGAACAUGGAUAUGAACUACAAACUAUGAUUCUAGGGCUCUUGGAGUUCUAUAAUGUCGCACACUAUGUAACGAGAGCCGCGCACGACAUUCCGAAAUACGAAAGCGCUGCAAAUCAAAACGAAAAUAUCCCAGGGCUAAAGAAACGCGAUAUUCAACUGGCUUUGUCCCGUUCUGCAGACCUCAUGCAUGUUUCCCAGGGGUUCAUAGGCAACAUGCCAGUACCAUGUACUGAGGCGGCGAAGAUAUUUCUGAACACAUCUGACAAAACACCGGUUUCAAACAACGGCUACGGACCUUUCGUUCCAGAUGUACUAAAAUCUCAGACUUACAAUUUCUUGUUCGCAUCUAGGCCAUGA